CCCUCCGCCCGACCCGUAGUGUUCGCUCCUCCUGGCGCCAUCAUGGAGGGCGCCGCGGCCUCCGCCGAGGGCCUGCGCUACGCCGAGUACGCCCGGGCCCCUACGGGCGCCGGCAAGGGCCAAGCCGAGCUGGACCGGGGGCUGGCCAGGACUAUGAUAGCACUUGGACUUGGCAUUGCAACUGUUGCAUUUGCAGGUCGUUACGCUUUCCGAGUUUGGAAACCAUUGGAGCAGACAAUUACAGAAGCAGCAAAGAGGAUUUCAACUUCUAGUCUUUCAUCGUACUAUAAGGGAGGAUUUGAACAGAAAAUGAGUAGGCGAGAAGCAAGUCUUAUUUUAGGUGUAAGUCCAUCUGCUGGCAAGGACAAAAUCAGAACAGCACAUAGGAAAAUCAUGAUUUUGAAUCAUCCUGAUAAAGGUGGAUCACCUUACUUAGCAACAAAAAUAAAUGAAGCAAAAGAUUUGUUGGAAUCCAGUGCCAAAAACUGAAACCCGAAAUCUUGGGUCAUAGGAGAUUCAGCAGAUACAUUGUGCAAUAACUUCAAUGUCUGCUUGUUCUGCAGUUUCUUUACACUGAUUGUUCAUAUUUAUUGUCAUAAUUAUAAUUAAGAUUAUUUAAAAGCAAACUGAAAUCUUCUACAGUUACGUAAAGUUAUGUACAGUUAUGCCUCUGCAAGGAGCAGGGAGUUGAAAUGAUGAUCCUUAGGGGUUCCUUCCAACUCAAGGUGUUCUAUGAUUCUGUCUGAAUUUUAGUGUCUUCUUACUGAAUUAUAAUCCCUUACAGGUUUGAAAAAGUUAUUUUAACUGUGCUCUUUUCAGAAGUACUUUUUUGUUUCUUUUGUAAAUUUUGGAUCUUUUAAAAUAAAGAUUUAAAACCAAUCUUUAAUAUAGGGUAGUUUCUUCAUUAAUAAAGAAACAACCAUAUCUUUAGGGUCACCAUAAAAUCUAUGACAGUGCAUUGAGUCACAGGACAUAUGACACACCCCGUUUGGCAAGUUUUCUGCACCACCUUACACUUGAGUCUGUUCAUUUGUGAAGUAGUGGGGCUUGUCCGUGGGUGCAGUUUGAGAGCUGCAACUCAGGACAGAAUAACUGGUGGGAUUACAGACAGCAGCUUGGAGCUAUGAAUGAGGAUUCUUGGGUUUGGUUACUUCUUUUACAUAUUAAAGUAUCUCUGAAAUUGUCAAGUAAUUAUUUAGGCAUGCUUUUACUUCAAGUCAGAGUAUGUUUAAUCUCUAGCAGCUGGGGUAAACAUGGAAUUUUCCGCAAGGGUUUUCAUGGCAGUGGGAUUGAAGAAGGUAGGUCCGUGUGGCAUGGUGUAGGUGGAUUUUCCAGCCUGAUGCUUGUCCAGGUUAGCUGAAUCUUGUGAGCCUGGUGUAGGACUGGUAACAGAAGGGAACAAACAGGAGCGUACCUGCUUUGCACAUGCCUCCAGGGGCACUUCCUGGGUUAGUUCUUCAGUUCUGCUCACAUUUCUGCACUAUGCUUCAUAUCCCAGAGCAUACAUACCUCCUUCCUUAUGUAGCAUCCUAGCAAUCUAGUGCUGGCUUUGGGGAAUUCUGAGGUCAUGGAUCUCAGACUUCAGAGAGAGCAAGUUUUAAUUGACAGCUCAGGGUAGGUGCUACCUGGGGCACUUGGCUGCUGGAGAUUCCUACCACUAAGUGGUCUGCAGUUGAAUUAAAUUUCCUAAGCACAGACAGUGUAGUGCGUUCAGUGCAAGACUGAAAAAUCUUUAGUAUCCAUUCAAACUCUCAUUAGAGGUACAACAGCUUACUGAAGUGCUACAAAUACAAAAUUUAAAUGCUCCAUUUUUAGAUUAUUUAGCCAGAGGUAAGUGGCUAAAAGCAGUUAAUAUGAGGUUGGAUGCUUAAAUUAUUUAUUCACCAGAACAUGCAUUUGUAGUUCAUCCAGUGGUGGAUGUUCAGAUUAUGUGGAUUUUUCCUUGAAAGGAAGAAAAAGUAAAAGGUUUUUUUUUUAUCAGGUUCCUCACACUUUGUUACAAUUCCCUUGGUAUCAUUAAAGGGAGAUGAAAAAUUUUAAGUUGACCCUAAAAGAAGAUAAAAAUUUUAAGUACUUUAGAGACAUUGUUGCAAUUAGAGUGGCAAGACAUAUGGCACAAUAUCACUGGAUAAAACAAAAAAGACUGCCGGGAGAAACCUGUCUGGGAAUAGCAUAUGCUGUACAAGUACUACAGUUGCGUCAUAUAACUAGUGCUCUAAUACAAGAAUCUUGAAUGAAAAUAGUUUAUUCCUAUGCAGUAGCUUUAAUUGGUUCCUGUUAAAGGAGUAGCCAUCAAUUAAUGCACAUUUAGGGUUAGUCAUUCUUAGAACCAUGACUAACUCAUGUUGGAAGGAGACAAGUGAAAUGGUGGUGUUCCUAGUUUUCUGAAGUGGAAUCUGUAAGUGAUAUGAAUCAUUGUGCAAAAUCAAAAUUGAUGUGAAUGGUAGGUGGUAAAAACAUUCUGCUUAAUGAUUUUGAAUUGAGUAGCUGUUGUUUUCAUAUAGCUACCUUAUUUUUCCUGAGUAAAAUGUGUUGCAGAGAGCUGUUCUAAAGUUUCAGUUUAAACAGAUGCAUUAAAGAUGGCUUCUUGCUCUGUUCUUAAAAAUGAACUUCACAUGUCUUUGUAAAAGUAGAGGGUUUGGUUUUUUUUCUGUGAGAUUCUAUUGUUGAUAAUUUCCUUCCUGAUAUAAUUAUUUAUAUCUGAUUAUUUUGAACAAAACACUUUUUUCUGCCUUUCUGUUAUGAGAGAGAUUGUCAUUAACUAAAAGAAAUAAAACUGAGUUGUGGUUCUGCUUU